AUGAUCGUUGCUCUGUCAAGCAUCACACUCGAUACAGUAAUCGGCAACGUAACGUCAAACUGCAGUGUCACUGCACAGAACGCAUCAGAUAAUGGCGCCACUUUCCACCGCACAGCGCUCCUCCGGGACUCCCCCGUCUUGGCUAUCAUCUACAUCUGCAUCUUGUCGGUUGCUCUCCUUCUCGGGGUGGUCGGUAACGCCAUCGUCAUCCUCGUCUCCUGGUUGGUCAAGUCUGUCAACAGAGUAGGCAAGGACUUCAUCGUCAACCUCGCCAUUGCUGAUCUCUGCGUAGCGGGUUUUGCAGACCCAAUGUGCAUCAUUGGCGUUGUGAAGGGCGAGGAAUGGUUUGAUGACAAGCUGUGGUUCUGUCAGUUCAUAGCUACCGCCUGCCUCACGGCUUGCUUCUGCGCCUUCCUCAGUCUCACCCUCGUCAGCAUCAACCGUUACACCUUCGUCUGUCACAGAGACAUCUACGACAAGAUCUACACGCGCACGGCAUGUGUAGUCAUGUGUAUCUUCGCAUGGGUAAUAGCCUUCUUGUUCGAGUUUCCCAACCACGUCGGGUGGGGCGGCCAUGUAUUUGACGAGAAAAACCACCAAUGCAUCUGGGAUCGUACAGCCAGUUUCUCCUACACUAUGGUCGUCUCGGUCGGACUUAUUGGCUCGCCGCUCCUCCUCAUGUGUCUCUGUUACAUCCUCAUCUUCUGCCACAUAUACAGGACCAAGGUCAACAUCUACCGCAUCGACACCGACGACCCUGAACGCAUGAAGAAGGCUUGGAAAGAAACCCUCCGUACGUCUCGAACGCUGUUUGUCGUCUUCAGCGUGUUUGUCGUCUGCUGGACCCCGUACGCUAUUGUUAUCGCUCUGGAUGUCAAGGACAAGAUGUCGAUGGAAGUGCACCUGUUUGCAACCCUCCUCGCCCACCUCCACUCCAGCUCCAACUUCGUCGUCUACACCAUCUGCAACAGGUCCUUCAGGUCUGCCGUGAAGAAGGUGAUUGGAUGCGGUGAAUACGAAUGUUCCUCUUACAGGCCCGAUAGCAAGUCCACCGACGUCCUCAAGACCAGUGAAAACACGAGGAAAUCGGUGUUUUAGCGGAUGCUCGUGGAUAUCUUCUAUCCUGAACAGAAAAUAGCACUUCGGGCAACAU